AUUAGCCCGGUAAUGUGGGUCUGAACUCCAGCUGCUCCUGCUCGGUCCGGCACAUGACGCUCCAGGGAGUCCGUACCGACAUUCAGUCACUUGAAACAUGCAGAUUUCCAUGCACCUGCUGAGGAUCGUUUCGGUCCUUGUCGCUUCUGAGCUCUUUCACCUUGUCUGCGGCGGAAUAUCCGCGGAGGAGACUUUGAGUGAAUCUGAUGCAGACUUCUGUCACGGAGGAUUAUCCCUGAUGUACCCGGGUUUGGCAGUCGACCGCUGCCUCGUCGUCCCCCGAGAGCGGAGCCUUCGGGAGAGACUGAGUAGCAAGUGGGGAGCCCCGCAGGUGCGGUGGGAGCAUGCAGAGAAGGAGAAGAGGUACACGCUGAUGAUGGUGGACCCGGACACGCCAAGCCGCUGCAACCCCACUAAGUCCCACUGGAGGCACUGGCUGGUGGUGGACAUCGUGGGCAGCGACCUGAGGAAGGGAGAUGUCAAAGGCUCCGUCUUAUCUGGGUACCGUCGCCCCACCCCUCCUAGGGGCACUGGUCUCCACCGUUACCAGUUCAUGCUGUUUGAGCAGCAAGGCUCGGGGCCCCUCAGCCUGAGCUGUGAGGAGGCGUCUUCCCUUGGGACGUGGGACCCACAGGCCUUUGUGAAGAGGUUCCGCUUGGGGCGCCCCCUGGCUGCUCUGCAGUUUCUCACCCGGAACGCCGCGGAGUGACGGACACCUCGCCGGGCUGCUAGUGCCGCCCGUGAUCUCCGACCUCUGGCGCAGAACCAGCAACAACAGAGGUACAGCUUGGCCAGCUGUCUACUCGAGCGUUGCCAUCUGAGGAGAAGAUUAGGUGUUUGCUUCUGCUAGAGAAACAUUUUUUCCCCACUAAUAUUAACGAGGCAUGUUUACCAAGAUCCUCUUAAGUCUGCUAAAUCUUUUUCCUGUGGGGUAAAUGUGCUCUAAUGUGUGUUUGCUCCAGCAAGAGGUUUAUGUUCAGAUAAUAGGAAUUAAGCUUCUACUAGAAUUGGGUAAAGGAGUUUCUCUAAUAGAUAUGCAUAAUCAUCAGAAAGCUCAUGCUUAUUCUGAAUGGUACUGGCUGUCCAAAAUCGUGCUAAACCGUUUUGUUUUUAAUAGUCUGCCGCUGCUGUAACUCCAGAUUAACUCCCGGAUGAUGUCUCCUGUGGAAGAGCCCACGAGUCGCGAUUCUGCCUGGGGUCACUGUACACAUGUGCUUUGUCUGACACUGGGGUCACCUGAAGCGGCCAGAUGUGUUGCAGCAUAAAAACAACCCUAAUUUAGCUGAAAAAUACCAGCCGAGGUAAUUCGCUGAUAAAUCAUUUUCAUAAGGGGAUAAAGAAUCGAAAUCAGGGCAUCCUAUGGAAAUCAGACAGACGCUGCUGACCCUUCAGUUUGAAAUAUUUUUGCUGAACCCAACAGAGAACUGCAAUAGAGCUUUACCUUCAGUGCUAAGGCUGCUGUAUCCAUCAGUGUUCUAGCCUUUAACACUGUUGCUGAUUAGCAGUGUUCAGUGCCGGCAUGUUAAUGAUUGAACAAAGAUCCCCCAAGACCAUGUUAAAAAGAUAUGAACCACAUGGACAUAAUUAAUCCAUCAUAAGCCAUAAUGACAUCACAACCCUGCGACUGACAAUAAUUCACAGUUUUUGUAUGUGUCUAUGUCUGCUUGUAUGUGAAAAUUGCAAUUUGACUGUGGAAAAGAUUUUACCCCACUGUUGGUGGUCUGUCACAGUGUCCUCAUAUGAUUUCCCAAUUUUGUUCAAGGAAAAGUUGAAUAAUAAAAGUGUAUGUUCACCUGC